AUGAAUCCUGCUCAGCGAAAUAAAGUUGACAUUAGCAAACUUAGUGAACAAGAGCAAAUGCUCUUUAGGAGAUAUGGCAAACUUCCGACUCACAAGAAUGUGCUUACCAAGAUGCAGAAAGAUCGAAAAUACUUUGAUUCUGGAGAUUACGCUCUCUCAAAGGCCGGGGUCGCCCCCCAGAGCACAGUCGGUACUGCGAUCCCUAAUCCUGAGAACAUUCCGCAUGCGUCUUCACCCUCAGGGAAUGGUCACCAGGGUCUCUCAAUUUCUCCAACAAAUCCCACCAGUCCAAUCAACAAAGAAAGUUCUGAAGAUUUCAAUGCAGAAAGAUCUCUUGAUACGACCGAAUCCACUGUUACCACCGACGAGCACGAGCAACCCGCAACAAUACACUCGGAGUAG